AAUAUUCCUAAAAUAUAAAUUAUCCUUAAGUUUCGAUAACAAAUUUGACUAAUAAAAUGUAACCGAAAUAGAUUUAAAUGAUCCGACGUAAUUAUAGCAGUCUUAUCCAAAUAAAUAGGAUAAAGAGAGAGAAGUUAAAUAGUCUAUAUUACUACUUAUUUCGUGUGUUAGCCACAAAACGUCAAAACCCUAUUUUUGUUCUCCCCAAUAAUUAAUCUUAACCCUAAGAAAAAACAACCUCGCUGCUUACGAAACUCUGUCUUUAUUCGUCGACAUAACUUAUUAUUAUAUUGCAACUUGGUGUCUUGUUUUCUUAGAUAUUAUUUUUUGGUCCACUUAUGGGGCAUGCUUUGAAGCGUUUACUACUUUCCAGUGAUCAGUAUGAAGUAGUUUUCUUGGUUCUUUUGUGUGUGUAUUUAUAGUUCGUCAUUUGCAAUUUUUUUUCUUGAUUUAAUUAUCAAAUAGAAGAAGAGAAUUUUAUUUAUUUUUAUUUUAAAUAAUUAAAGUGUAAUAAAAAUGGCUAUUGCCGGAGAAAUUAGUAGUGAGAGAAAGCUUAACAAAUAUGCCUGCCGUUGUGCUGUUGUUGGCUCUAUGAUUUCCAUUAUUUUUGGCUACGAUACUGGUGUGAUGAGUGGAGCAAUGAUUUUCAUAAAGGAAGAAUUUUCAGUUAAGGAAGGACAGAUUGAAGUACUCGCCGGAAUCUUGAAUCUGUGCGCUUUGGUCGGAUCUCUAUGCGCCGGAAGAACCUCCGAUUACAUCGGAAGGAGAUACACCAUAGUUAUGGCUUCCAUAAUCUUCAUGCUGGGUUCGAUUCUGAUGGGUUACGCGCCGAACUACGGCGUUCUUCUGGCGGGAAGGUGUACGGCCGGCAUCGGAGUAGGGUUCGCACUGAUGAUAGCGCCGGUGUACGCCGCCGAGAUAUCGUCGGCGAACACACGUGGGUUUCUUUCGUCCUUGCCGGAGAUUGGGAUAAGCUCCGGCAUACUCCUCGGGUAUAUUUCGAACAAUAUUUUUGCUAGGUUGAGAUUGGAGCUCGGGUGGCGGCUGAUGCUCGGGAUCGCGGCGAUCCCGUCGCUGUUCCUGGCCAUCGGAAUCUUGAAGAUGCCGGAGUCGCCGCGGUGGCUGGUGAUGCAGGGGCGGCUGGGGGAGGCGAAGAAGAUCAUGUACAAAGUCUGCGACGACGCCGAAGAGGCGGAGCAGCGUCUCAGAGACAUCAAGCGGGCCGCCGGAAUAGACGAAAACACCACCGACGACGUCGUCAAGAUCCCGAAACCGAAGAACGCCGCCGGCGGCGGCGGAGUGUGGAGAGAUCUGCUCCUCCGACCGACACCCACCGUCCGCCGGAUGUUGAUCGCCGGCGUCGGCGUUCAUUUCUUCGAGCACGCGACGGGGACUGAAGCCGUGAUACUGUACGGGCCGAGGAUCUUCAGAAAGGCCGGCGUGACGGCGAAGAGGAAGCUUCUGUUAGCGACCGUCGGAGUUGGGCUGACGAAGCUGACGUUCAUAACCAUAUCAACCUUCAUAAUCGACAAGGUCGGCCGCCGCACGCUUCUCCUGUUCAGCAUCGGAGGCAUGAUUCUGACGCUGGCCGGACUCGGCACGUGCCUCACGGUGGUGGAGCACUCGGAGAAGAAGCUUCUGUGGGCCCUAGUCCUCAGUUUGAUCUUCGUCUACUCCUUCAUAAUGUUCUUCAACGUCGGGCUCUGCCCGGUUUGCUGGGUCUACAGCUCGGAGAUAUUUCCGAUGAGGCUGAGGGCGGCGGGGGCCAGCGUCGCCGUCGCGGUGAACAGGCUGAUGAACGCCACUGUCUCGAUGUCGUUCCUGUCGCUGUCGUCGGCGAUAACGAUAGGCGGCGCGUUCUAUUUGUUCGCCGGAGUGGCGGUGGUGGCUUGGUUCUUCGUCUUCUUCUGCUUGCCGGAGACGAAGGGGCGGAGCUUGGAGGAGAUGGAGGAGCUUUUCAGCAAAGGUGGUGAUAGCACUUCCAAGAACCAGACCAAGCAGUUGGAGCUGGUCAAUAGUUAAUCAAUUAAUUCUUGCCUUUGAUUUGUGUUUGAUCAUCAUUAAUUAAAAUGGAUAUAUAUAGUGUGUUUGAUGAUUCAUAUCGUCAUAUGAUAAUUAAGGGUAAAUUAUAAAUAACCCCACAAGUUAUAUUUCAAUUAUG